AUGGGCGUCCUACUCUUAGAAGCGCAGUCACUCAACAAUAGCGCUAUUAGCUCGAGCUGGUCUGGAGUCAAUUCAUACUUCCUCCAAGCAUAUCAGAAAGAUGAUCGAUUGGCUGUGCUCGACGCGGUCAAGAAUGCAAAUCUGAAGACGCUUCGUAUCUUUAUCUCGUACACAGCUCAGAACAACAAGGACACUGGGUCAGUAGAGAUGCCCGACAUUGAGCCACGGAAGGUCGGCACAUACGAUGAUACCCAGCUGCGCGCCAUUGAUCUACUCAUGGUCGAAGCACACGACCGAGGCAUCAAAUUGGUAAUUGCUCUGCACGACCGCUAUCAGUUAGGUUGCUGGGGAAACGAUACAUACGUAUCAAAAUACAAACUUCCUGCUGUCGACUGUGCAAAAACACCUGCUUCUCAGAACGAUGUGACAUUCUUCUAUCAGGACGCAUCGCCAAUCUUCGAUUUCGACAACCGCAUGGCACACAUCCUCCAACACAAGAAUCAAUUGAUCUCGGGUGCACCACAGUGGAAGGACCUUUCAGAUCAUACAUUUUCGUUUAACAUUCAGAACGAAGGACAAGGACAUUUGGGCAAUAAUAUCGCACCUGCACCAGGGUGGUGGUGUGACCGAAGCAAGAAGAUACGAAACAUCAUGGGUGACAGUAAAAUCCUCAUCUCAACUGGCAAUAUAGUCAUUUUAACCAUCGUGUUUACAGGCGGCGGCAAUGAGUUUCCCAACUCUGAUUUACCUGAAAAUUGGGCCUGCGACACGCUCGAUCUCAUUAAUAUCCACUCUUACAGUGGAGUGUCUGAAUUUCGCAACAAAGGGCCCGUAGCGUUACACCACGCUCAAGCCGCUAAUAAACUCGUAAUUUUCGAGGAAUUUGGCGCUACCGGUCCCAAUAAAUCUACUGUCGUCGGCCAGCACAUCGACGUUUUCAAUGAACUUAAGGUGCCAUGGAUGGUUUGGCAGAUCAACAAGCCGGGAAAAGGUGCAUCCGACUUUGAGUUUUGGACAAACGAAGACACGUACGCGGUAGUCAAACAAGGGGCGGCCAAGGCGUUGGGCAUUAUUGCUGCUCAGCCGUUUCCUACACUCAACAUUUGA